CCAGCAACUGCGCAAAGCGCAACGCCGUCACAAAUCACAAGCAUCAGAUUGUGUUUCAAACAUUUAGGAUUCAGUAGAAAAUCAUGUCAAAUCAACAUUUGUUUAUGAAAUCAGGAUUUCCGCGGGCACCUUUUGGUCUCGGGAUCGGACGCUACGUCUGUCAGUUGCAGAGAGUAACUUUGAAAUUUUGUAAAAACAAGGGUACGAGUAGAGGAAUAAGAGACUUUAUAGAGCAUGAUCUAGUCCAUUACGCGAGGGAAAAUCCAGGAGUGGUAGUAUAUGUCAAACCAAGAAGACAUAGGUAUCCGGUUAUAGUCGCAGAGUAUCUGAAUGGCGAUAGACAAUGGAUGGAAGUUGCUAAUUAUAGUCGAGAGGACGUUAUAAAAUGGAUGGAAUUGUUACGGACGCAAUUUCGGGAUGGUCCUUCAUUGAGAUUACGUAAAAUGUGGCACACAGAAUUUCCAUCGAUCCAGGGACCGUGGACACCAUAUACGUUUAGAAAUCCCAUGUUAAACUUGGCACAGUUUCCUAAUAAGGAACUUGGUGCAGCUAUUAAACUUGGUCCUACAGCAACAGAACAGCUUAUUGAAUUAUUCAAAGCUCAGCAAUUGACUGACAAAACAGCUGACGAUUCCACAAAGGACCACCAAGAUGUUGAACAAACCUCGAAACAUAUUCAAAAGGCAUAAUUUUUUGCACAAUUUUUAGUUAUUUUUUAAUUUAUGUAUAUAAAUAAUGUAUAUAAAUAUAGUAUUAAAAAAAUAACU